AUGUCGGCACACGCUUGGCGGUCAAAGCCUGUGGCCCAGGACGUCGGCUACCCAGACGAAGAGGCACUCCGCCAUGUGUUACAGAAACUGGAGACACUCCCCGGCCUGGUGACACCUGUUGAAAUUGAGCGGCUGCGCACACAACUGGCCACUGUCGCAGACGGCCAGGCGUUCUUGCUGCAGUGUGGGGAUUGCGCCGAGCUAUUUUCCUACUGUAACCCCAGCCAGAUCGAAGCCAAAAUCAAAGUUACUCUGCUCAUGUCUUUGAUCAUCAUUUAUGGCGCGCGCCUGCCGGUCGUGCGUGUGGGGCGUUUUGCCGGACAGUACGCCAAGCCACGGAGCAAGCCCACUGAAGUCGUCGAAAUGCCGGACGGUACCAAGAAAGAGGUAUUGAGCUUCCGUGGCGACAAUGUCAAUGGUCUUGGUAUUGAUGAGCGCACACCUGAUCCCCAGCGCCUGCUCAUGGCCUAUUUCCAUGCAGCAGCGACCCUCAACUAUGUGCGCGGCUGCCUGUCCAGUGGCAUCGCUGAUCUUCACGCGCCGCACUCGUGGAACUUCCAACACGUGCAUGACGAGGGUCUGCAGCAGCAGUACGCGCAAAUUAUAGAUGCCAUCACUGAUGCGCUCGACUUCAUGCACACCGUGGGCGCCGACCCCGGUGCGUCGACCCCGGUGCUCAACACUGUUGACUACUUUUCUUCGCACGAAGGGCUCAUGCUGGAGUACGAGCAGGCACUCACGCAUGAAACCUCGAAGGGAAUAUACAACCUCAGUGCCCACACAGUCUGGAUUGGCGACCGCACACGGCAGUUGGACGGCGCCCAUGUCGAGUUCUUCAAGCAGAUCCGUAAUCCGGUGGGUGUCAAGGUGGGCCCGUCGAUGAGCCCCGCUGAACUCGUCGAUAUACUCGAGGCGCUUAAUCCUAACCUUGAGAAGGGACGCGUGACGCUCAUUUCGCGCUAUGGCGCGAGCAAAAUUGCCGACCUGCUACCCUCGCACAUCCAGGCGGUGCAGUUGUCCCGCCAUGCUGGCACCGUGGUGUGGUGCUGCGAUCCGAUGCAUGGCAACACCAUUGCUUCGCCGACCAAUCCUAAGGUAAAGACGCGCGUCUUUAGCGAUGUUGUGGCCGAGCUGACUAAAUCCAUGGAGAUCCAUGCGUCGAUGAACAGCCGGCUCGGCGGUGUGCACCUGGAGCUGACGGGCGAUGAGGGUGUGACAGAAUGCAUUGGUGGCAGUAUGGAGCUAUCGGAAGCAGACCUUUCGCGCCGCUAUCUAACGCAUUGCGACCCAAGGCUUAAUUACGAGCAAUCACUGGACAUCGCCUUUAUUAUUAGCCAGAUACUCCGCUCGCAGCGCCUGGGCACGAAUGACAGUACAACGCUUGUCCAGGCCCUGUCUCAGCAAUAA